AAGAAAAUUCUUAUUAUUAUUAUUGUUGUUUCUUCCUAUGUAAAAUAAUUAAAAAUGUCAGAUAAAAAUCAAACUAAUCAACCGCAACCUAUUGUCAAGAUAGGUCAUUAUACGUUAGGACAAACUCUAGGCGUUGGUACAUUUGGUAAAGUCAAAAUUGGAGAACAUGUUCUUACCAAGCAUAAAGUUGCAGUUAAAAUUUUAAAUCGGCAGAAAAUAAAAAGUUUAGAUGUCGUGGGUAAAAUUCGACGAGAGAUACAGAAUUUGAAACUAUUCAGGCAUCCUCAUAUUAUUAAAUUGUAUCAAGUCAUAAGCACACCAACGGAUAUAUUUAUGAUUAUGGAAUAUGUCUCUGGAGGAGAGUUGUUCGAUUACAUAGUAAAACAUGGAAAAUUGAAAGAGCACGAAGCACGAAGAUUUUUUCAACAAAUUAUUUCUGGCGUUGACUAUUGUCAUAGACACAUGAUAGUUCAUCGUGAUUUAAAGCCAGAAAAUCUUCUUUUAGAUCAUAAUCUUCAUGUGAAAAUAGCAGAUUUUGGAUUAUCAAACAUGAUGAUGGAUGGAGAAUUUUUACGUACCUCCUGUGGUUCCCCCAAUUAUGCUGCACCCGAAGUAAUAUCUGGAAAAUUAUAUGCCGGCCCUGAAGUAGAUAUUUGGUCAUGCGGAGUUAUAUUAUAUGCUUUACUUUGUGGUACAUUACCAUUUGAUGAUGAACACGUGCCUACAUUAUUUCGUAAAAUAAAAUCUGGAAUUUUUCCUAUACCGGAAUACUUAAAUAAGAGUGUUGUUAGUUUACUAUGUCAUAUGCUUCAAGUUGAUCCUAUGAAAAGAGCUGCCAUUGAAGAUAUCAAGAAACACGAAUGGUUUCAAAAAGAUUUGCCAUCAUAUUUAUUCCCAUCGCCUGUAGAACAGGAUUCUUCUGUGAUCGAUAUAGAUGCCAUUAAUGAAGUUUGCGAAAAGUUUAAUGUAAAGGAAGCAGAAGUUCAUUCUGCUUUACUUGCUGGUGAUCCGCACGACCAAUUGGCAAUUGCUUAUCAUUUGAUCAUUGAUAAUAAAAGAAUUGCUGAUGAAGCUGCUAAAGCAGAAUUAAAAGACUUUUAUGUAGCAUCUAGUCCGCCACCAGUUACAUUUAGUCCAAGCGAUGCUAACAACAGUCCUUUAAGACCUCAUCCAGAAAGAAUUGCGCCAUUAAGAGAACGACAGUCCUCACUAAGUUCAUCCGUGUCAAUGCAAGGUAAUAGAGGUACACCAGUUAAACGAGCAAAAUGGCAUUUAGGAAUAAGAUCGCAAUCUAAACCAAAUGAUAUUAUGAAUGAAGUUUAUCGUGCAAUGAAGGCACUUAAUUUUGAAUGGAAGAUAAUAAAUGCGUACAGUGUUAAAGUUAGACAAAAAAAUCAAUUAACUAGCAGAUAUAGUAAAAUGUCGUUACAGCUUUAUCAAGUCGAUUGUAAGAGUUAUCUGUUAGACUUUAAAUCAUUAUCCAGUGAAGAAACAGAAGAUAUUAGCAGAGAUCCUUCUUUGCCGCCACCUCAAGCAACCGGUCAUCAUACCAUGGAAUUUUUUGAAAUGUGCGCUGCGUUAAUUACACAAUUAGCACGGUAAACAAAUUUCUGUGUUAUAUAGAUACAUUACAUAUAUAUACUGUAUUUUACGUUAUUUUCAAUAUUGAUCGCCAAUAUCUUCUUUAACUGUGUUUAUAAGUUAUUAUGAAUAUAAUAUUAUGAAAUUUCUAGA